AUGGUACUGACGGUUUCUCUCUCUCUCUCUCUCUCUUUUUCUCGCCUAGGAUUCGGAACAACCACUCAAAACCAAGGAAACUCGCUUUUUGGAUCCCAAAACCGCACUGGUGGUUUCGGAACCGCGACAUCCUCCGGUGGUAGCCUCUUUGGCAGCGGCGCCCAGACCCAGACUAGCGGCGGUGGAUUUGGGGGCUUCGGAUCUACUGGAAACACUAGUGGUGGCGGUGGUGGUGGUGGUGGUUUUGGUGCUGGCUCAAACACCAGUGGUGGGAUCUUUGGGAAUAAGACUGGAGGAGCUUUUGGCAGCACAACUGGCACCACAGGCGGAUUUGGCACUGGUGGUGGGUUUGGAGGCAGCACUGGUUCGGGCUUUGGCGGUGGAACAGGAACUGCGUUUCAACAGGCUGUCCCCCCCUCUGAUGGCACUGGAAGUACUCCUUUCAGCGCUUUCACUGAGAAGGACGGAGCUUCUAGUGCCACCAACCAUUACCAAAGCGUUUCCUUUAUGCAGCCGUAUAGCAAAUAUUCCUUUGAAGAACUUCGUCUAGGGGAUUAUAACCAAGGUCGCCGAUAUGGAAAUGGAAGUGGUCAGGCUGGAGCCUUUGGAUCUUCCGCUUUUGGGGGAUCGGGAUUUGGCACACAACAGCCACAGUCCACUGGCUUUGGCACCACCUCCACCGGAUUUGGUAGCGGCACCAGCGCUCCCUCUGCCUUUGGCCAGACUCAGACUGCCGGUGGGUUCGGCUCAACAUCUUCCAACCCUUUGUUUGGAGCCUCCAAGCCGGCCACUUCUCUCUUCGGCGGAGCUACUCCAACUGCUACUACUACUUCUCAGCCCAGCCUUUUCAGCGGAACCACUGCAGCCACCGGUGGUUUUGGGUCCACCGCGAACACAGGAAGUGCCUUUGGUGGUGGAUCUGGCGCCUCGUUGUUCGGCAAUAACUCCCAGCAGCAACAGCAAAACAAACCCUUGUUUGGAGGAGCUACUGGAACCACGGGCACCACCCCCGGCUUUGGUGGCUUUGGCACGCAGAACACUAGCACAUCCACUCCAUUUGGUGGCACUGCUGCGACUUCCUCUCCUUUUGGUGCCCAGCAGCCGCAGCAGCCGCAGCCGCAGCAGCAACAGACUGGCACGGGCGCUUUCGGUGGGUUUGGCCAAAACCAGAAUCAAGCCCAGACCCAGAACAAAGGUUUGUUCGGCGGCGGAUUCGGAACAAAUACCCAACAGCAGUCCACCACUCCUGGCCUCUUCGGGGGCAACACGGCCAACACAGGGACCUCCCUCUUCGGACAGAAUCAGCAGCAACCCCAACAGCAGGCUGGUGGCUCGCUCUUUGGCGGCGCAAAUCAGCAAGCCGCUGGCGGAUCUCUUUUCGGCGGAAACCAGCAGCAAGGACAAAAGAGCUUGUUCGGAGCUGGGACAACAGGCACAGCCACUGGAACCGGUGCAUUUGGAGGAUUUGGAAAUACCCAAACCCAGCAGACCGGAACAAACAGUCUCUUUGGUGGCGCGCAGAACCAGCAACAACAGAAACCUAGCAUGUUCGGUGGUUCUGUCGCCGGUGGCUCCUUGUUCGGAGGUGCAGGCGCACAGGCCCAAAACACAGGUUCCUCGCUGUUUGGUAACACCCAGGCCCAACCCGGAGGUCUGGGUACCUCGAGUCUCUUCGGCGGUGCACAACAAGCGCAGCAGCCCCAGCAGAUGCAGCAAUCCCAGCCUAUGCCCGGUAGCCUGCAGGCCUCCCUGUUUGAUGGCAACCCGUAUGGAAACCAGUCCAUCUUCUCCGGUCUGCCAGCUCCCAACACCGCCAGCCCUGGCCCCCUGGCAACACCUCUCGCGUCGGCGAAUAAGCAAAAGCAACGCACCCCGCUCCCGGUUUACAAAAUUACGCCUAACGCUGCCAAUCGUCUGAUCACCCCGCCGAAACGCCAGGGAUACGGCUUCUCUUACUCCACCUAUGGGUCUCCUUCCAGCACUGCCAGCACCCCGAAUGGACUUGGGGGCAGCCUUCUCGGCGGCAGCUUGCGUGGGAGCAUGAACGGUAGCUUCGGACGGAGCACCUUCAGCAAGAGCUUUUCCACCAGCAAUCUGCGCAAGACCUUUGACCCCGAGACGGAUAGCAUCUUGUCUCCUGGCGCUCUGUCCUCCGGUUCCUCCCGUCUGUCAAGUGGUAGCCUGAAGCGCCUCACGAUUGAUCGCGGGCUGAGGAAUGAUCUCUUUACUCGUCCGGUGAGCACCCCUACUGCGAUUACCAACGGCGAGGAUUCCGCACAGUCCGUGGAUAAGGUCAAAAAGAAGGUUAGCUUCGAAUCCCCUUCUGAUACUGCAACUGGCGGAGAGAUCAUCCCGGUGGAGGCUCAAAGCCCCGAGCCCACCUCGGAGGAGCUAGGCUUCCUGCGCUCUAUCCGCAAGACCGGUACCGUCAACGGCGUCAAUGGAGUUAAACCAACCCCGGAGAUCGCCACCCGUCCUGAGAUGGAGUCUGUCCGUCCCAUGGAUCUCCCCGCCGUCCCAGAAGAUACCACCCCUCCUGCUGCAGCCGACAGCUCCUCACGGCUCCCCUUUAUCCCUGGUGCGGACCCACAGCCGGGAGAUUAUUGGAUGAAGCCUACACGCGCCGAGCUUAACAAGAUGAACCGCGACCAGCUAAAGCAUUUUGUCGGCUUCACUGUUGGCCGCCAACACUGCGGUUCGGUGACCUUUGAUGAGCCUGUCGACAUGACAACGAUCGACCUGGAUCAAAUCUUCGGUGGCCUUGUGGAGAUCGGGGUCCGCAAGAUUACCGUGUACCCAGAUGAGGCAAUCAAACCCCCUAGGGGCAAGGGAUUGAACGUACCCUCCACCCUGCGGAUUGAAAAUUCUUGGCCCCGAGGGGGGCGGGAUAAGAAAUCCCCUUCGCCCCUUACCACCGGUCCUCUCUUUGACAAGCACGUCGACCGCCUCAGGAAGGUUCAUAAUACCGAAUUUGUGGAUUACGAAACGCAAACUGGAACAUGGGUUUUCAAGGUGCCUCACUACACAACCUAUGGUCUUGACUAUGACGAUGAGGAGGAAGAAGAAGAAGAAGGUGAGAGCCUCAAUCAAAGCACGUUGAGUGCUGCUCCUGACACUCCGACUCCGAAGGCUCGAUCCCCCGCCGACCACGAUCUGACCGUCGGCUCCGAGAUCUUCUCCACUGAUGUCUCCUUUAUGAGCUCGGUGGUGGGGGGAGUCGACGACGACACAUUCGAUUUCAAGAAGCGUAAAUUGGUUCCCGGGGCAUUUGGCCACCACCAGCAGGCUAGGGAGGCUGUCGACGAGCACGAUCUAGGUUCUGAAGACGACGAAGACGAGUCUUUUUUAGGGGAAGGCUCCACGGGUUCAACUGAACAAGACGGUGACACCAUCACCGACAGCCAGCAUUCUGGCGAGUCCGAAGUUGAAUUUGAUCCAGGUGAGGAAAUGGACAUGGCGGGUACCUUUCCGAUCCUUGAUCGUACCGUGGAGCAGGACGAUGCCCAGAGCAUCACCAGCGAUGAACUCACCCACCCCUCAUUGAAACCGUGGAAUACACCCCCCAGGGCUUGCCUUGAUCUUACUGGCGACUGGGCGGAACAGUUGCAGCGAACCAUCAGCCCCAGAAAACAAAACCGCGAUGCCCUGCGUGAAAUCCAGGCAAAUGCUUUUAGUGACCGACCGCUGAGUGGUGAGGGCACGCCAAAGCAAUCUGCGACGAACACUCGUCAAAAAGGCUUUGCCACCAGUAUUGACCUCAUGAACUCGUUGUUCCAACAACCGCGAAAGCCGCAACCACCAUCUAUUCCUUCGAAGGCACCCAGUACACAGCCUAAAGGGUUCGAGUGGCCUUACAACAAGCAACCAAAGACCUUCGCAGGAGAAUCAAAUGAAAUGAGCCGAGACGACAUUGCUUUCCAUCGCUCGUUCAAACCUCGAUGGGGUCCUGUGAAUUCUCUAAUCUGCGUCAAAGACGAGAUGGCUGGGUACUCACACUGGAAACAAAAGCUCUCUCUUUUCAGUGAAGGCAGAGAUAUUGUUCUCCUGGAGGUUGGUCCAAGUGCCGAGUCACAAGAGAUGGUUGAUGCGCAGAUCAAGCAAUCCACUAUCGAUCAAGUUGACGGAGUUCCAUUCGCUCGGUUGGCCCAGGUCAACUUCGAACAAUUUGCAAAAGCAUCAAACACGGUACCCUCGGAUUCGGAACGAUUAAUUUGGCAGCUCGCUAAUAUCCUGUUCAACGACGAGAUCGACGAUGAUAUCUCGGCUGGCGUGCCUCCACAACUUCGGUCCAAGUAUUCUCACCGCAUCAAAAAAGACCGCCUGAGCCGUCUUUGGGAGGGCAUUGUCCGCGAAAGAAAUGCACAUGCUGUGGGUCAAGCUGGCUCGGCUGAAGAACGCGCCAUCUACCUGCUGUGUUCGCACCGGGUUGAGGAAGCUUGCAACGUCUUGACUACCAGCCAGAAUUUCCACCUUGCCACUCUUGUGUCCCAGAUUGGCCGAGAUCCCACUACUCGCCAGGACAUGUCUCAGCAGGUUGAAAUGUGGCGCCAGCAUAACGUUUACUCCGAGAUGAAUGAGCCGAUUCGAGCCUUGUAUGAACUGCUCGCGGGCAAUGCCCUUCGUAGCGAGGGCAAGGCCGGCGGUGCAUUAGAAGACCGCGCAUCCACAUUCACCUUCUCCGAACGGUUUGAAUUGGAUUGGUUUCAGGCAUUUGGCCUGCGUCUUUGGUACGGAAUCAGCGAUGACGACCCCCUUGAAGCCGCUGUGGCCAAGUUUGCCCAUGAUCUCGAGACUGGUCAAGAGCCGGCCUUCCCUUGCCCUCCUCACCAGGACAAGGACCGUGGUGUGUGGCAUACAUCCAAGGACACCCUGGGCCGCGAGUCUCCCCUCUGGGUUCUCCUCCAGGCCUAUUCUGCCACCGUGGGCGCGGCUAAGAGCGCAAGUCUCCAUGCCUUGGAAUUACCCGCCGCUUUUCAGCCUCAGUCUGUAUCUGGGGACAAACUAUCCAACAGAUUAUCGUUCCAGCUGUCUCGGGUCCUUGCUGCUGCUCUUGGCCAAUUUGAUCGCCUUUCGAUCAAUGUUGCCCAUAUGGAUCAGCUGGUUUGGGAUUACGCCUGGGAACUCAGUGCAAGUGGGGAGCUAGCUCGCACCUUGUUUGUUCUCCUACACUUAUCCCGUGGCUCGGAUCGCGAGAGAGCCAUUCAAGAAAUCCUGGCGCGGUUUGCUGCUCAUCUCCCUGACCCACUUACUCCGGAAGGUUCGCCGAACACCACCUGGCACCAUCUCACGAACGAUCUUCAGCUCCCUGAGGGUUGGAUUUGGGUUUCCAAGGCCCUCUAUGCCCGGGAUACCGGUGAUGCGGCUCGUGAGGUCGAUUUCCUUGUUCGUGGCAAGAACUGGGAUGAUGCACAUGCAACCUUCUGUCGUAUUGUCGGACCCACCGCAGUAAUUGAGCAUGACUACGCCACUUUGGAGACACUCCUGUCCGGCUUUGGAGAAGGCCCCGAGCGCAAUGUGCGAGGCUGGGCUAGUGGUGGGGGUGUCUACGAAGACUUUUUACGUCUGGCCACUGCUCGGAGUGGACAACGAGAUCCGCAUCGCCUGAACCGUUUGGUAAACGCCCUGGUCACGAUGGGCGAGACCAUUGGCCACAGUUCCGGUGUGGAGGGGCUCGAGGAACGAGUGGCUUUUAAGGAGAUGAGCCGAGUGGUUGCUCGUUGGACGGUCCAAGAAGACGCAAAGGCUAUUGAACUAUCCCGCGUACUCCAGCUGCCUCUGACAGGAGAUGCUCGGCUGGUACAGACGGCGGAGAUGAGUCGUCGUUAUUACAGCGUUGUCAUGGCCGGGGGCUAUUGA